AUGAGCUCCUUUUCGAUGAGCAAGUUGACCAAGGCAUUGCCAUCAGUAUGCCGCCAAUCUCACCCGCGAAUCUCCUCCUUGAGCACCACACGUUUAUUCUCCCACCAAAGCACGGCGUUUUCUGCGCGCAGUGAAGGUAGCGUCAUUGAGAAACAGAUUCUGAAGCGAGAACCCGAGUCACCUUCAGAUUCCUCGUCGCCGCUUUCUGCAAUCACCCAAAUGAUGCAGGGCAAGAAGCCAGCCCUAUCCUCGCGCGGUAGCUCUGACUACUCCAGGAUGGCUGAAAGCCUCGAAGCCGACAUGGUCAAGAACCCCUACGCCGACCGAGCUCCUCCCCACCACCUGCACGUCUACUGCCACAAGCACAACACAAUCCUCACCUUGACUCGACCGAACGGGAGCCCUCUUAUGUCUAUCGGAUGCGGUCAAAUAGGUUUCCGUAAAGCUGGUCGCUCCGGCUUUGACCCGGCAUACCAACUGUCUGCUCAUGUUAUGAAUCAGAUUCAGGAAAAGGGCUUCCUGAUGGAGAUCGAGCGGUUGGAGGUCGUGUACCGUGGGUUCGGAAAGGGCCGCGAUGCAUUUACAAAGGUCCUGCUGGGCCACGAAGGACGACACAUUCGGGGGCUUGUUGCGCGAGUGACCGACUCGACUCGUCUGAAGUUCGGUGGUACUCGCAGCAGACACGUGCGUAGACUGGGUUGA